AUUAAUUCGGUAUGCAUACCAUGGUAUUGGGGUACACUUGAGUAGGGUGAAAUUGGUUAUUUUGCCAUAACAAAAUACCCAAACAACGGUGUCUGAUUCUUUCGUUGUUCCAAUUCUGUUUUUCAAACACCAGUGUUGAUAUGGAUUUUUGAUGCAAAAAUAUUAUUCAAUAUGCAAUAAAUGAAGGCAGCUGCACUUUAUAAAAAUGCCUCCUAUUUGCUCUGGGUUCUUCAUUUAUUCUAUUUUGUUAGUGUUGGCAGGGAUACUAACUUUAACAAUACAAACGUAAUGGUGACGUUUUAAAAGGUCAAAAUUAAAUAAGUAGAAUAUUUUGGGGUGUAGGGGCAAAAUUUUUACGUAAAUAAGCAUAAAAAAUGUCGACCACUUGUCUAAUAAAUGACGAAGAAAGAAGCAUAUCGCCCGCCGAGGAAGUAAAAUGGGGCUGGGCAUAUCGAGAAAAGAAAAAAACAGACCGGGAAAAUCGAAAAUUACCGACGAAAAAAGUUUCGUUGGAUACAAAAUGUAAAAUUGAGAAAAUGCUGAUGAGGCUGAAAUGCCCGCCGAAGCCAAAAUGCAGGAAAAAGAAGAAGAAGAAGGUGCCCGAACGUAAAAUAACCAUGUUGGAAAGAAAUACUAUGAGUAUGAGGCAGUACAUGAACAUGCUGGCGAGGCCUAAUAGAAUUAACAAACCUUAUAAACCUAAACCUGAGAAAUGCCCGAAAAAAUUGCCUUGCGAGUUGGGGCCUUGUCCCCCUAGAAUUGUUAUGAUGUCAUUGCCAAACAGAAGGGUUCUUUGGGAAACAUGGAGAAAUUACCAGGAUGUAUUGACACCGGAAACUAUAGUCAGAAUAGACGACAUGUUGCACACGGAGCAAAAUGUGGAACCAAAACAAGCUUCAGUUUACUUCAAAGAUAUCGACAAAAAGAAACGAAAGAAGCGAAUGCGAAAAAUAAUGAAGCGACUGAAAAAACAGCGCGAAAAGACGAAGAUGAAGAAACUGUGGGUGAAGAAGAAAGUGGACAAAAUCGCUAAAGCGAUCAUUUGUUACAUACGCGACGCGCCGUACUUCGACUUAAACUACAAGCAAUACCUGUUCUCUCAAGGCAUUCUAACUCGCCUGCACGCCGCAAAACAACUGCCCACAAUCGACAGGAACACGAAAAAUUGCUACAAACGUUCGUUGAUCGAAAUAUCCGAUAAAUGCGCCGUUUGGGUGGACGCCCUUAUGAAGUUCGUCGAAAACCAGUACGUCGAGUCGGACAGCGACAUCGAGGAAAUACCGAAAUUUCAAUUCAGAAGAGGAGAGUCAGAAGAAGAAGAAGAAGAACAAGAAGGAGAACAGGAAGGGGAAGAAUGGGGAGAAGAAGAGGGUGAAGAGGAGGAAGAAGAGUGGGGAGAGGAAUUCGAAGAAGAUUUUGGUUGGCCAGAGGAUGGAUUAGAGGAAGAAAUGGAGGAAGGAGAAGAGGGCGAUUUAGAAGAACCUUUGCCAACCGAUACUGGUGAUAUGGAUGACGCUGGUCAAGAAGCUCCACAAAUGGCUGAAUAUGUUUUGGAUACCACUCCGAUCGAACCCGUUACAGAUGACGAAGUUGAAGAAGAAGCCACAGAGGAGGAAGAAGCUGAAAAGGAGGAAGACUUACAACCACCUAUAGAAACCGGCGAAGAAGAGUUUUCAGAAGAGGGCGAGGAAGAUGUGAGUAUAACCGAGGUAGAAGAAAAAGCUGAGGAAGGCCCGCCGCAAGAAAUGGAGGUUUUAUAUGAAAAAUGUCAAAUACAAGGCGAUAUACCCGCCCACAAACCUCCAAAAGUCAUAGAGCAUCAACCAGGCACGAUAUGCUGCUUAUCUCUAAAAAUAUGGUCUGUAUGGUUGUUGGAGAUCACCCACAACGCCCACAACUGGACCAAAUGGAUGGCGGACAUGAUAAGAAAGGUGCGAGAAUUUGCCGCGAUUAUCAGAGGGGAUGUGCAAGAAGAAGAUGGUAGCACCAAAGUGUUGUACAAAUACGACUGGCGGAAGUUUUGCAAGGAGACCAAAGCCGCCAUAAAAAAAUGGAGUGAUUAUAGCAAACACGUUCGAGAUCUGAAUCAGGAGAUCUCCGACGAGUUUAAAGACAAACGGGUCACCUGCUGUCCCAAAUGUCUUCAAGACAACCUUAUCAAGGAUGUCGUUACUGCUCAUAGUACGUUCAGAGCUCUCACUGAAGCGAUGAAUGAUGCCGCGUACUGGCAUUGUAAUUUGGAGGAUUUGGUGGAUCAAGCGACGUUAUUAGGCGAAUUGGAGGAAACCGAGCCAGAAGAAGUCCUAAGCGGUGUUCCUUCAAUUAUAGACUUCCAAGAAAUGAUGGAAUGCAUCUGCGAUCAACAAUUACCACCUGAUGAAGAUUCGAUUUACUCGUUUGAAGAGGUACUUUCUGAGGGUAAAAAGGAGGAAGAAGAACAAGAAAAACCUAAAAAAGAUAAAAAGGGUAAAAAAGGCGAUAAAGGUGGCAAAGAAAAGAAGGAAAAGAAACCAAAGGGAAAGAAAUCAAAGGAAAAGGGCAAGAAAUCAAAAUCAAAAUCAAACCUUAAAAAGGACGCUGCGCAACCUGGGACAAGCGCGCUUCAAGAACGUGUAUGCAUCCCGCCAUACCCACAAAUGGGCUACACGCCGAUGUAUCCACAAAUGGGACAGUAUUCUCAAAUGGGCUAUCAGCAGUAUUCUCAAAUGGGCUAUCCUCAGUAUCCACAAAUGGGUCAGUAUCCGCAAAUGGGUCAGUAUCCUCAAAUGGGACAGUAUCCUCAAAUGGGUUAUCAACAAUAUCCUCAAAUGGGCUACCAACAAAUGCUGUAUCAGGGAAGUCAACAGGUUCAAGUUCAACCUCGAACUGAAGCUAAACCUGAUACUGAGUCCGACGAGGAAGAAAAAAAACCAAAGAAAAAACCCAAAAAAUGUCCGAAAAAAUGUGGAAAGAAACCAAAAAAAAAUUAGAUAGCAAAAUAUGUAGUCUUGUGUGUUGUAAAGUAUUUUUGUUAUACCGAAACGUAAUAAAAAGUUUAUUCU